CCGGCUAGCCGCUAUAAGCAGGUGAAGGUAUUUAUAAAUUAACGGAUUAGUUCAUAGAACUUUAUAUGCUCAUGUCUUUUAUCAAGUUGAUCGCCGUUUGAAAUUUGAAACAUCAGGUGACUAACGAAAGCACAAUAAAGUUAUCUAAAUAAAUCAGCAGUUUCUCCCGUUUCUAAACUAUUUCGCAAAUUGUACACCGAGAUUUCGCUUUCAAACUCCGAAACGGUCUGAGAUUUUAUAGAAUGUUCCUUUAGGCACGAUAAGAAAAUUGACUUUCAGUUAAACGAUCAUUACAUUAUCAAUGAAUGUUAAUGAAAGAUAAUUUUAAAAAGAGGAAAAUCAGUAAAGUUAGGGUCUGUGAUACGUGCAGAAAGCGAAAAUUGAAAUGCGAUAUUGAGGAGAGAUUGGAGAAUGCAGAGAGUUCAUGUACGCGGUGUGAACGAAGCUACAUUGACUGCACAUUCGAUGAGGCACCAGUGCGGGGUGCAAGAUAUAAAGAGAUGUAUAAGGACUUAAACAGCAAACAUGAAGAGUUACUUGGCUUGCUUAGUAGAUUACAUCCUGGAAUAGAUGUUGGAAAGUUACAACAGCUUAAUAUCAUCGAUGAGGGAGCACAAUCUGAAAUAGUCCCUGAGCCGUCGUCUGAUGAUAUGGAAGCGAGUGCCUCAGAGGCAUAUAUACGGUCGAAAGAUGCACAUGGCCAUGAUCCUAGAGUACUCGGUUCUGCGAGCGUUUUUAAACUUAAAUCAGUCGAGAAGAUUAGAGAGAUGGCUGUAGGGUACACCAGUAAUUUCAAUAUACACCAGCGAUCUCAAUACUGGUCUUCACUCUCUUGGAAAACUGAAGAUGAUAACUUCGAUCCACCACAAGAUCUAAUAGACAACCUUGUUGAGAUUUACUUCAAUAAUACAGGUUUACAUAGACCACUAUUACACAAGAAGACAUUUAAAGAGGGAAAAAUGUUCGAUAAGGAUUUUAGGAGAUGUCUCUGGCUCGUAUGCGCGAUUGGAAGCAGGUUAUCUGACGAUCCACGUGUCUUAGACCCAUCUGAAUUAGGCCCUAACGGCAAAGCGUUAUCAUUUCAUAGUGCGGGAUGGCCAUUUUUCCUAAAAUAUGCAUCCAUAGCUAAGACUAUCCCAGCACUUUCUCCAAGUUUAGCCGAUUUACAGCAAUCAGCCCUAGCAGCUGUAUUUCUACAUUCUAAUCCAUAUCAUAGUAGCUCAUGGACGAUUGCAGCGCAAGGUGUUGUUCUAUCGAAAGAUAUCGGUGCGCAUUUUCAUCGGAGUUCUGGUGAUGUAGUUAAAGACGAGUUACGUCGUCGGGCAUUCUGGAAUUUGUAUCAAAUAGAUAGUGAAAUGUCGACUUUUCUCGGACGAGAUUCUACAAUUGCUGAACAUCUAAUCAAAAUCCCAAGACCUGCAGCAUUACCCGAUGAAGAUGAACAGGAUAUAGUUGCAUUCAAUGCAUUUUUGGAUCUCAUCGUUAUUGCUAGACAUGCUUUGGAUUCACUAUAUGAUGAUCGCUCAAUAUCACUUGCUCCUAGUGAUCCAAUGAAAGCUCAUCAGUUAAUUCUAAACGUAGCUGAACUAAACAACAAAUUAGACAAUUGGGUAAUGAAUAUCCCAGAUUUUCUGAAAUGGAGCGACGACAAUAAUGAUAGCAAGAUCUUCACACAGAGGUCUACCCUGAUGUCACUCUACUUGAUGGUACAGACUUUGGUUCAUCGACCAUUUAUUAAUGCAACCGGGCAUCUUCGUUCACUUUCAUUGACGUCCUCAGCAAUUUGCGUCAAUGCAGCACUCAGCAUGGCGCAUGUGGUAGAUCUAUUCAAAGAAAUUGAUCCGAGAACAGACACAAUCGUUACAUAUGCUUUCAUAAGCUGCGUCAGUGCUUUAGUGUGUAAAUGGACGGGUAAAAUGAAAGGAACCGUAAUUUUCGAUGAUCUAGAAAAAGCAGUCGAAAUGUUACACAAUUACAUAAAGUCGAGAGAAUCUCGUUAUUACGUUGCUGGGCGUUUAUCAGACAUAAUCACGUGGUUGCGCGAUGAUAACAACGGUUUAGACAUCACUAUUGAGAAGCUCUUUAAUUCUGAUAUAGAGAACAUGUUAACCACUACCAUACCUAGUGCUCAAUUCCUUAACACACUUCCUUCGUUGACCAGCUUGGACGAUAAUUAUCCUUUUGAUUACUAAGUAAUGUAAAUAUUUAUUUGAUAGAUCAGCAUUUAGAUUAUUA